AGGCAGGCAACAGAGAAACAGGCUGGAUGAUGAGCUCAAGAGGGAUUUUUACAGAUGGGAUGCGCUCCCGGCAGGAGAUGUCAACCCUGUGACUUCCUUCGCUAAUGAUCCUCUCUAAUCUUUGACGUCCCCGCUCAGAGCACGCUUUCCCACCUGAGGAGUCUGUUUCCAGAGUUUCUCUCCGCUCGCAGACGGACCGAGUCAACUGGAGAACAUGUCAGAGCUCAGCUCCAAAAAACAAGGAUUUAAAAAAUGCCGGAGUGCCACUUUCAGCAUUGAUGGCUUCAGCUUCACUAUUGUGGCGAAUGAGACCGGAGAGAGCAGCGCGAGACCUCUGGCACGAUUCGCACGUUCCAAGUCCCAGAAUGCUUUGUGGAACGCCAUCACGGCGGGCAUCGGGAUCAAGGACAAAGACAAGCGGGGUAUCCUGAUUGACCCGCGGAGCCCGGAGGAGAUUCUAGCUGAUGACCUGCCCUCUGUCGACAGCCCUGAUGCCAUGGAGAAGACCGCCAUCAGGCUGAGAUGUUUGGUGAAACAGUUGGAGAGAGGUGAGGCUUCUGUUGUCGACUUGAAGAAGAACCUAGAAUACGCCGCGUCUGUUUUGGAAUCUGUCUACAUUGAAGAAACAAGGCGGUUGGUGGAUACAGAAGAUGAGCUCAGUGACAUCCAGUCCGACUCCGUUCCCUCAGAAGUGCGCGACUGGCUGGCGUCAACUUUCACACGUCAGAUGGGGCUGAUGUUGAGACGGUCGGAGGAGAAGCCGAGAUUUCGCAGCAUCGUGCACGCGGUGCAAGCAGGCAUAUUUGUGGAAAGGAUGUACCGACGGACCUCCAACAUGGUGGGGCUGAGCUAUCCGCCCAGCGUGAUCACGGCCUUGAAGCAUGUGGACACGUGGUCAUUUGACGUCUUCACACUGAAUGAUGCCAGUGGAGAUCAUGCACUGAAAUUUAUUUUUUAUGAACUUCUUACCAGAUAUGACAUAAUCAAUCGCUUUAAGAUCCCUGUUUCGGCUCUGGUGUCUUUUGUGGAGGCCUUGGAGGUGGGCUACACUAAGCACAGAAACCCAUACCACAACCUAAUCCACGCCGCAGACGUCACCCAGACAGUGCACUACCUCCUGCUCAAGACCGGCAUGGUUCACUGGUUAACCGAGUUGGAGAUCUUUGCCAUGCUGUUCGCUGCUGCUGUGCACGAUUACGAACAUACCGGCACCACCAACAACUUCCACAUACAGACCAGAUCCGACACAGCUAUACUGUACAAUGACCGUGCCGUACAGGAAAACCACCAUGUCAGCGCUGCAUAUCGUCUCCUGCAGGAAGAUGAUGAAAUGAACAUCCUCUACAACUUGUCAAAAGAUGACUGGAGAGAAUUGCGGGCUCUGGUGGUCGAGAUGGUCCUGGCCACUGACAUGUCCUGUCACUUCCAGCAGAUUAAAGCCAUGAAGAACUUCCUCCAGCAGCCAGAAGCGAUUGAUAAACCCAAGGCCUUAUCCCUGUUACUGCACACCGCUGACAUCAGCCACCCUGCCAAAAACUGGAACAUGCACCACCGCUGGACCACCUCACUGCUGGAGGAGUUCUUCAGACAGGGCGAUAAGGAGGCAGAGCUUGGACUUCCUUUCUCUCCUCUAUGUGACCGCAAGUCUACCAUGGUGGCCCAGUCUCAGAUCGGUUUCAUUGAUUUCAUCGUGGAGCCCACCUUCACUGUGCUGACAGACAUGAUUGAGAAAAUCGUGACUCCGCUGAUCGAAGAAGCCUCACCCUCGGGUUUGGCCGGAUUCAGGCGGUCCAGUCUGAAUAACAUCCCGUCAGAUGGUAAACGCUCUACUGUGAGAAGCACUGGUUCGGAGGGCGGCCCUUCCCUGAACUGCUCCGUAAACGCUGUCGAUUUUAAGACCUUCAAAAGCACCUGGAAUGAGGAAGUGCAUAAAAACAGAGAAAAAUGGAAAGCACAGGCAGCCAAAGAUCUGGAAGAGAAGGCCAAACAGGAAGAGAACGAGGAGAAAGAUAAUAAAACUGACACAGACACGCAAAGCAGUGACGGCGAUAAUACUAAAAAAGAAGACAAGAUCAACACAGACUCGAGUGUGAAAUCUCAAGACAAACGGAAGGAAGGCACAAGACAAGAGAAGGAUUCAAAGACAGAUCGAGAAGCUACAGGCGAUAACAACGAGCCCACAGAGCAACAGCCCAGAGAGGAAGAGGGUAAUAAAGACCCAGGGGGGGUGAACGGGGCUCAAACCCCAGCGUCUGACUCCAAAGAGCCCGAGACCAGCAGCGACACGGACAACAGCCAGCGAGCACACAACGGGAACGAGGAACUGAACUCACCUGACAGUGACGACAGUGAAAGCAAGAGAUCGGACGACUCAGAAGACGAGCACAGUAACUGUGGGAUCUCUUCACUGGCAGACAGUGCAGCCGCUGCAUCUGCGCCUGAUGCAAACUAACAGCGCUCCAAAUCCUGUACUAUGCUGUCGCCUGGUGGUUACUUUUUAUUAUUCAUCAUUUCUUUUUUUUCUUUUGAGGACGUUUCGCAUCCUAAAAUCGGAUCUUUUUGUUUCUGAUGGAGCUUGUUUUUUUCAGUCCACGGAUGUUCUCCGGGGUUUGUUUCAGAGAUGCGCAAAAAACCGUUAGAGAACUAAGACUUUGGUCUUGCAAAGUCAUACAAGGUGCCAUGGUGGAAAUGUGUCCCGCGUCGAGUGGAUGGAGGCCAACCCCAGCUGAUGUUCUUCCCUCGGGGACAACGCGACAUCUGCCGACCUCUCGAGCGCCAAACCUGCACGGACAGCGAGAGGAGAACUUCAAAGAGCGCUCACGGAUCCAGAUCAUCGCCGUUACCACCUCCAAAGAAUGUCUGCAGAACUACUGUUUGUUCACCUCCUUAUUUUUAUUUGUGUCCUCCGAUCUUGCUGUCGACUUGUUUUUUUGUUCUGUGUUGGUACAGAUGCCGUACAGUUUCCAUCGUGUGUGUUCUGUACAUACGCUUUCGGAAGGUUCUUGAUGUCGAACCGCGUCUUUGAUUGAGUCUGAUCUUUAGUUUAACGGCCCAUAAUCCUCCGCUGGUAUACUUGCCACUGGCACUCAGCUCAUAGAAGAUUUUUUCAGGAUGUUUUCAUGUUAUAUUAUUAUAUGUGUAAGCAGGAUGUUGUGAAAAUUAAUACUUAUACAGUGGGGUCCAAAAGUUGAAAAUCUGGGGUUUUCUUGGUGGGAGGAAAAAAGAUAAUAUGUCACCCUGGACGACAAAAUCAGUCGUAAGUGUCAAGCUGAUGCAUGGUUUGUUAGGAUCGGAAAAUAUUUGGUCACUAUUUUAAAUUCUGGAAUCUGAGGGUGAGAAAAUCCCCUUUAAAGUUGUCCGAAUUAAGUUCUUAGCAAUGCAUAUUACUAAUCAACAGUGAAGUUUUAAUAUACCUAAAUAUAUUAAUGGAAUAUGAUCUUUGCUUAGUAUCCUCGUGAUUUUUAGCAGAAAAGAAAAUCAUUUUGCAACUGUACCUCAGCAACUUACGACCGGUUUUGUGGCAUAGUGUCACAAUCAUUAAAACACAUUACGCGAGAAAUGAGGAAUCGCAUCGUUGUAUAUUGUAUAUUGUAAUUUAAACAUUUUUAAAACGGAUGCAUUUUCUUUCGUUAGAUAGCAAAAAUUCUAAAUUAGCCUGAUUUUUGAACCCCACUACGCAUAUUGAAGGAAUAAUCUAGAUGGGAUAUGAGAUCUAGAUGGGUUUGAUUCUUCACAGGAACAGAUUUGGAGAAGUUAAGCAUCACCAUUGGAUCCUCUGAGGUGAAUGGGUGCCGCGAUAGUGAGAGUUCAAACAUCCGAUUAAAAACGUCACAAUGAUCCACUAGUAAUCCGCGUUACUCCAAAACAUGAAUUACUAUAUUCUUGUGAAGUGAAAAGCUGCAUGUUUGUAAGAAUUAAAUCCAGCAUUUUCACGGCACCCAUUCACUGCAGAUGAAUGAGUAACGGUAAAUUUCUUCAAAUCUGUUCAAAUAACAAAACAAAUUCAUCUUACUUAGCCUGAGGGUUUUUUUUUUUUUAAUGUGAACUCUUCCUUUAAAAUGAAUGAAGGAUUAUGUCUGAUUUCUGUGUUAUUAUGAGUCAAAAUCUGAUGGGCCAAUUAAACCUCUGCAAACGUCAUAAGCUCUUUAAACCCUUAAAAUGUAGUAAAUGUAAUUACUUUGACAUUAGGUUAUAGUUUGAAUUUUCUUCUAUUUUUGUAUGUAAUGUAUAUAAAAAGAUUAUAUUAUUUAUGAAGUGUUUAUAGGGGAAUUUGGUAUGAACAACUGAACAAUGUAGAUUAAUUGUAGGAAGGUGUGCUAUUCAUGCAGUCUCUGAGAGAAUGACGACAGAUUAAAAGGAAUCUUAUUUUUUAAUCUGCUGAAAGAAGAAACGGAACGAUUAGGAAGCACGUUUUAGCACGAGCAUCUUCCGUCGGGUGCUGCGUGAUAUUAAUAAACUAUAGUUCACUGUCCUAGCGAGGUAUUUACGUCCCUGUCUGUGCCGCUCACCUUCUGAGAGUAUAAUGCACCCGUCCGUGUGAACCUUUCUGUAAACUUUCAUACGUAAAUUGUAAAAAGCAGAAAAAAAAAAAAAAAAAAAGGCCUCCUUGUAAAUAGGCAGCAAAAUUCUGUGUAUAUGUCUCGACUGCCUCAACCAAAGAUUAUUAUAAUGUCUGUACGUCAUUUAUCUGGAGGUCAUUGCAAGCCAUCAUUCAUGCAUACUUCUUAUGAGUCAUUGGUUGGAAAGUGAGAAAGAACGAUAAAAAAAAAAAAAAAAGAAGGAAGCAUUGUUGCCUUAAAUCUAUUAUUAAUUACAGAUCCUUGUGAAUUAUUCUGUUGACAUUCAUAGAAUAUUUUUGUUCAUCUUCCUGUUUAUUUGUCCUCUUCCGACUUGGUUCUGAGUCAUUACACGUAUUAUUAUUUUUUUUGUUAUGUGCUUAUGUCAAAAGUUUUCUUCAUGUCUGAGAGAUUUUUAUUUUAUGUUACUGAAGAGUUAAGUCGGGUGUGAAUGUCAGCAUGUUGCUCUCUCGUGCUGAAUUUUGCAAAACCCGUUUGAUCGGUCAGUACUGUGUGCCACGAUGAAAUAUUACAAUAAUGAUAUAAUUUUGUUCAGGUUUUUAUUUUGGCCAGAGCCCCUCCCCUGCUGUUAUAUAUCCGUAAGCGCAGAGUUAAAAUAUCACAAAUACUGAUUAACAAACUUCCUUGCUGGAUGAAAUGAGUGCAUAAUGAGUCACACACACUAGCUCUUUGACUAUAACUGUGUUUUUAGAAAUGUCUUGCCUCCCAAGUUCAUUUUAAGCACAUUUAGGCUCAGAAUGUGAUCGUUUAAGUGAAAUGCUGUACAUUUCUAGAACAUCGAAGCUGAUGAGUAAAUAUGGCACAGUGAGAUUCUGCCUUAAUAUGUGUGUUUAGUUCUGCUUUGUAGUAACUGUCAUGUAUUGAGUACAUAUAUGUGUUUGCCAGGAAACCUCGAUGUCAAAAAAAAUGUGUUUUUUUGGUUUGUUUGUAUAAAAAUCCUCAUGUGCUACAUAUCUUCUCCGGCACUCAAACACAGACCAGUUUCUACUAGUAAAAGGAAAGGAUCACAUAGUGCUGUACAGCCAUCUGUUGGCUAUCUAGUGUACUGCAGUCAAACACACUUCGUUCUGUUUACCUUUUUUAUUACUUCCAAAAGCAUAAUUUGUCAUGAGAUUGUUUUAUUUUUUUUUUUUUUUUGUACGUUAAUGUCCGUUUAUGCAUCCGUUACUUUUUUUAUUUCAAAAAGAAAAAAUCCAAUCACAAGGCAGGUGUGGUCACGUGAUCAUGCUUGUUUCGAUGCUCCUUAAUUGCACUUUUGUGACAAUAAAUCUUUACUCAAAGGGCUCA